AUGACUUCAUAUGAAAAGCUCUUUAGUUAUGCUACCAAUGCCAUUGGCCAUUUCUUACCUGUUGAUAAGGCCACAUGUACUGAAAUGGUUAAAUAUGCAUUGACUUUAGGCUCAGAUCACGAGAUCCAAAUGCACUUUCUCAAUUUGUUAGGUGAAGAUCAAGUCCUCCCGUUUGUCACCAAGUUUAUCCAAUUGAAACAUGAAGCUGAAGCUGAAAAUGUAAAGAAACAAACAAAGAACAAGCCAAGUGUUACUCUUAAUUCUCCAUCAACUUCAACAUCGUCAACUACUAAUAGGAAGUCUACUGCAGCGUGGCAAAAGCCUCGGCCGCAGUCACUGUCCAAUGGGUCUAGAUUGAUAAGGAGUACACUGGCUGUGGCCACUUCGGAACUUUUGGAUUUGAAACUGAACCUGAACCUGAACCUGAAUCUGAAUCUGACUUCUCCAGCCCCCACUAAAUCUAAACGAUCCAAAAUGAGAAGCGUCGCCAACUUAAAAGACAUAGAGGCUGCAUUGAACGAAUUGGAAGUGUCUGCUGAUCCCUCGACCCAGUCACAGGUCAGAAGAACUUGUAAUUGUAUGGGAACUCGCCAUCCUUUGUUUGACGUAGCCCCCAAUUGCUUGAACUGUGGUAAGAUCAUUUGUGUAAAGGAAGGCAUUCAACCGUGCUCGUAUUGUGGGAAAGAGCUUCUUUCAUUCAAAGACAAAUUUGAAAUAAUAGACAUUCUAAGACACGAAAGAGAUACCAUAAAGGGUAUUGAAAAGCCUCCCAGUCGACUGGCUACUCCUGAGCUAAAUUCAAAACCAAAGCAUAGUAAUAAGAUCGUCAUCUCAAUGGAACCAGGUAAAAAUAAUUUAUGGGAUGCUCAAGAUAAAGCUUUGAAGAAAGCAGAUCAAGCUAGGAAACGGGAGAAUGCUCUUGUUGAACAACAAGAAAAGGAACAACAGCAGCUUCUUCAACAACAAGAAGAAAUGAAAUACUUUGAGAAACAUCAAGCCAUUAAUCCUGAACUUCAGAUGGCACAAGAAAGAUUGGAAACACUAUUAAACUUCCAAGAUACUGGUGCUGAACGGACCAAGAUAAUUGAUAAUGCGGCAGAUUAUGAUUUGCCAGGUUCAGCAAGCAGUAGCAUGUGGCUAUCACCAAUUGAAAGGGCAUUGCAAUUAAAGAAACAGCAGAAACAAUUGCGUAAGUAUGAAAACUCUGAAAAGGAAAGAACUGGACGGGGUAAAAGGGUUAUGGAUAUGGUUAUUCGCGAUGGAAAGGCCAUAUGGGUUGAAAGAGAAGGAGGUGGUGGAACUCAUAGUGAUGAUGAAAGGGAAUCAAAGGAAGAUGAACAGAUAACUGUUUUGGAGGAUUCUGUUAAACAUUCUAAGAACUUAAAGGAGAAUGAAAUGAUUCUGCUGACUUGGAAUUAUGAAAAAGAACUGAAAAAAUGGGAAAAACCACAGUAUGUUGGUUCAAAGGAUAAUUAUUCUGUUGAUACAAAUGCUGUUCGAGUUUCAUCUAAAGUACGGACUCGAGAUGAUAUUUUUGAUACCAAUGAAUUAGUGGUCAUGAUAUAA